CAGAUUGAAUAAUCAUGCUCGCGUAAGCAACAUCAGCCGCAAGGAGCCUGUGCCUGGGAAUUCGUGGAGUGGUUUUAUGUCAGUUGUCAACCCCUUUAGCCCGGCUCAGCUGAAACUAUCUAUAAGUGAGAGGUUUCAUGAUGAAGCACGCUAGUACUACCUCUUCUUCUGAUCCCAAUAACCCUCCUCACUACUUCAACCGCCAUGAUCCAGGACGUCGUCCGAGACCAGUGGAUCUCCCCAGUCCGAUGUCGGUCCCGCGUGGCGGCUUGGCAGAUCUCAAUCCAUCAACGCUAGAAGACGAUGACUGGGGAUUAUCUUCACUCCUCGGUGUGAAACCAUCAUCGCCGGUCCACAUCUCCGCCAGAGCAAGGAAAAGACUUGGCCGUUUGCAACUUCUUUCAGUGUUUGGUGCUCUCUUCCUUAUCUGCUUGUGGUUUUAUUGGAGACAUCCUGCUUCCAUUGCUGUGACAUUCCCAGAUGGAUUUGUUAUCCCGCAAGAUUUUCGUCCCAACCCUACCCGCUACGUACAACAAAGACACGUUACUCAUCUCCCAACAAACCUUCCGCAAUAUACUUUCACCUCGCUUACAAGUUGGGCAAAUGGGUCAUUCGAAAUUAUCGCAGCAGAGAAAGGUGACGAAUCGAUUACAUUCGAAGUCCUCACGGAAUCCGCCACCAUCCAGACUUCGGAUCUGCUAAAGUUCGACGAUUCUAAAGCCCAAGACCAGGGCGUCGUCGUUGUAAAACUCUUAGAUAGGGUUAUACCUCCUAAAAUGUCAAAAUGGGUCAAGCUUGUAAGAUUUUGGAGUCCCAAGUCCUAACCUUAGUUGACCGUGGGUUAAUGAGUUCGCUGCAUUUCUAACAUAUCAUUUACAGCAUGCCCGUCUAAUCCUCCCCACCCACCGAAAGUACGGUAAUCUGAA